CAGCUGGCGUUGCUUUUCCACUUGCCGUUUGCCGUUUGAAACGUGCACAAUAAAUUACACUAAAUAUUUAAUAAUUGCAAUGCAGACACAGCCGUUGAGACGUGCAAUGCAAACGCAUUCAACAGACGUGGAUCUCUGCCAGCUGCAUGUCGAUGGGCUGCUGCAGCAGCAACUACAACAGCUGCAGACCAAUCAUCUCUGGUUGCGCCAACAGCUGACGCUGCUACAGAGUCGGGUACUUAGCAGGCGCUUACAGCAGCUGGAGCGAUUGCUGCUUGGACGGGCCGCACUGGAGAGCAAACUGCGCCAGCUGCAAUUGAAAUAUAAUCGACGCUGGAGUUUGUAAGGCGCCUGCAAACUGCAGUUUGAAAUGAAUUUUAAAUGAAAUUGUUGCAAAUGUGUGUGUAAAUCAUAAAUGAAAACAAUUGCAUAAAUUUAAUUUGUGGUCAGCUAAUG